AUGGGGGUCAUUAGAGGGGUUAAAGUGACACGGGGCGGCACUUCUAUAAAUCAUCUGUUAUUUGCAGAUGACUGUAUACUGUUUGGUAUAGCAACUAUGGAGGAAUGGAAUAGUUUGCAAGGAAUCCUAAAAGUGUAUGAGAAGGCCUCGGGGCAGUUUCUAAACAAAGAAAAAACUUCAGUUUUCUUUAGCAUUAACACACCUGGGGUUGUAAAGAGCAGUAUACUUGCAGCAGGAAAUUCAGUUGCUUGUGGGAGUUAUGAGAGAUAUCUUGGGUUACCAGCAGUAGUGGGAAGAUCAAAAGAUGAAGAAUCAGUAACACAUGUGCUUUGGGAGUGUCAAGCAGCCAAUGAUGUCUGGGCUCUUAGUUUGAAUGGGGUUCAUAAGUGGAAAAGGGGAGGAAUGGAGUUUCUGCAGUUAUGGGAAAAGCUAUUAGAAGGUCUAGACAAAAACAGGCUAGAGGAAGUGGCUGUGCAGAUCAGAAGAGUUUGGCUUAGAAGGAACACUUUUGUGUUUGAAAACAAGCUCACAUGCCCGAGAAGAUUAGUCUCAGCUGCAACUGAGGCCUUAGAGGAAUUCAAAAGAGCCAAUAGAAGACAAGGGGCAGUAAACCAGCAGGAUCACAGACCAAGUAGUAGAGCAGGGUGGGUCAAGCCCUCAGCAGAGUUUGUCAAGGUGAACUGGGACGCCUCCACAGAUCUUAAGAGGAGGAGAAUGGGCAUGGGGGUGAUCAUGAGAGAUGAGAAUGCAGAUCCUUUGCUAGCAGUUUGUGAUAGCAGAAGCAAUAUUCUAACAGCAGAGGUAGCAGAAUGCUAUGCACUAUGGAAGCCACUGCAGGUAUGUAGCGAACUUAAUGUGCAGAAAGUUAUAUUCGAGGGUGAUGCAAAGGCAAUUAUAGAAGCUGUGAAGAACAAUGAAGAGGAUUGGUCUGAUAUAGAUCCUUUAAUUGAGGAUAUUAGAAAUGUUUUAUCAAAUAGAAAGGAUUGGUUUAUACAGUUUGACUAUAGAGAAAGAAAUAUUGUUGCACAUAAUUUGGCCAAAGCUGCCUUGAAUUUGGUGAGGAAAGAGUUUGGUUGGAAGAGGUUCCAGAUUGUAUAG